AUGGGUGCUUGCUGGAGUAAUAGGGUUAAGUCUGUGAGUCCUUCAAACACAGGGUUCACUUCUAGAAGUGUUAGCAGAAGUGGUCAUGACAUUAGCUCAACUAGCAGGAACUCGUCAGCGUCGAUAUCGGUUGCUUCUCGAAGUGAGGGUGAGAUAUUGCAAUCGUCCAACUUGAAAAGCUUCAGCUACAAUGAGGUAAGAGCUGCCACGAGGAAUUUUCGGCCGGAUAGUGUCUUGGGGGAGGGUGGUUUUGGUUCGGUUUUUAAGGGGUGGCUUGAUGAACAUUCACAUGCUGCAACCAAACCUGGAUUGGGGAUUAUUGUUGCUGUGAAGAGGCUUAAUCUAGAGGGCUUUCAGGGUCACAGAGAAUGGUUGGCUGAAAUCAACUAUCUCGGACAACUUCAGCAUCCUAAUCUUGUCAAACUAAUAGGAUACUGCUUUGAGGAUGAACAUCGGCUUCUGGUUUAUGAGUUUAUGCCGAAGGGAAGCAUGGAGAAUCAUCUUUUUAGACGUGGUUCUUAUUUUCAACCAUUCUCUUGGAGUUUGCGAAUGAAAAUAGCUCUCGGGGCUGCUAAAGGUCUUGCUUUUCUCCACAGUACGGAACCUAAAGUCAUAUACCGUGACUUCAAAACUUCGAAUAUACUACUCGAUUCUAACUAUGAUGCCAAACUUUCUGAUUUUGGACUAGCGAGAGAUGGGCCAACUGGUGAUAAAAGUCAUGUCUCUACUCGGGUCAUGGGAACCCGUGGAUAUGCCGCACCAGAGUAUCUAGCAACAGGCCAUCUUACGGCGAAGAGUGAUGUAUAUAGUUUUGGAGUAGUUCUGUUGGAAAUGAUAUCAGGAAGACGAGCCAUAGACAAGAACCUACCAUCAGGAGAACACAACCUAGUCGAAUGGGCCAAGCCUUACCUAUCCAACAAACGCAGAGUUUUUCGCGUGAUGGAUCCGCGGCUCGAAGGUCAAUAUUCACAUAGCAAAGCUCAUGCUGCAGCCGCCCUUGCUUCGCAAUGUCUAUCGAUAGAGCCUAGAAUCCGGCCAAAUAUGGACGAGGUUGUGAAAACAUUAGAGCAGCUUCAGGAACCAAGAGAUACACAGAAGAAAGGCUCCGAUCAUCGCGUUCGCAAUACCGGCCUCGGCCACAAUGCUUCCGGCAAAGGUAAUGCAGAUGCAUCUAGAAAGGCUUCUGCUUAUCCUAGACCUUCUGCUUCUCUCCUCAAUGCUUGA